GUCCCGCCUCUUGGGCUGUCCUAUCUCGUGACAAGCAGCCAAAGCAGAGAAGACAGCAGCCACAAACUGACCCGGACGCCGGUGCCAACCUCCUACCGACACCGUGACGUGUCUGCGUGGGACUGAGUGGAAGUUCGACAUGGAGACCAGGCAACAAGAAUUUCUUGACUCUGAACCCCUGAAGGAAGCAGAUGAACACACAUCGGACCUCAACCUUAGCAACUCUAUCGUGACUGAGGAGGAGCGAGAGGAGAUCCAAUUGGAAUUAGCCAAACUGGAAGAUGAGAUCAGCACGCUGAAGCAGGUGCUGGCGUCCAAAGAGAAGCGGCACGCCGAGCUGAAGCACAAACUGGGCAUCACUCCUCUCAGCGAGCUACGCAGCAACUUGAGUCAAGGAUGGACGGACAUGCAGAGCUCCACCGCAUACAAAAGAACAUCAGAGACACUGAGCUCGGCGGGUCAGAAGACCACGGCGGCUUUCAGCACGCUGGGCAGCGCCAUCAACAGGAAGUUUGGAGACAUAAGCAUGGCUGGGCUACAGUUACUAUUUCCUAGGAGGUCCGGCUCCAUAGGCUACUCCAUCUCACACUCCAUGAGCAUGCCUGCCAUGAGAAACUCACCCAGCUUCAGGUCUUUCGAGGAGAAAGUUGAGAGUACGGUGUCGAGCAUCAAAACUAAAGUUGGAGGUCCCGGGGCAGGAGGAAGCUUCGAGGAUGUCCUCUCCUCCACGGCGAAGGCCAGCUCACAAGACACGCCCACAAACAACUUGACGGACACACCUGAGAGGUCGCAGUAGUAGACUGUGUUUGCGUCAUUUUGUAGGAUCAUGUUACAGUAUAUUGAAAUACACUUUGUGAUUGGUUUGGCAAAUCAAUACAUCAUACAGUACUCAAUAGUUCUCGCCACUAAUUCACUUUACUGUGGUCGCUUUCCUCACUUUAUUUUGAACAGAAACAAUAAAUGUAUUGCGCAACAUUUAUCGGCUGAUAUUUUCAAACAUAGAUGUAUAUUUUGCUAACUACGUAAUGUGUAAAUGUAACGAGCACAGCAGUUUCUCAAUGCGAGAUACUGUUUGUGCAUUUUGUGAGCCUGUAAUCUCGUUUAAAGUUUUUUUUUUUUUGCGGGAUUCCCAUAACUGCCACGAUAAAGAAAAUCUAAUUGAGCACUCCGGGCUAAUUAAAUAAUGCUAAAGGGGAAAGAUAGAUGUACACAAUGUUUUUGGUCAAAGUAAUAACGCUAAUUUCAAAUUGUUACAGAAUAUAUUUUAUUAAAUUUUUGUAACGGAAUAAAAAAAAAAACCAUUUCUCUUGACUUGAUAAAUGUUACACAUUGGGGUAGAUUUUUAAGGGGAACAACAACUUACCUGUGAUCAAACUUACAAUCCAGUUUUCAGCCUGCUUGAAGUUAUCUCUGUCUUUAAUAUUGUUUGUCGUGGUUGAAACGUUAACACAAUGAACAGAUCUUAUGUUGAGCUACACAAGUACAUCUCAGAUCCCGUUUUAUAAUAAAACAUUUUUUAAAAACGA